AUGUCUGAAAAACUACGAUCACCAUCACAACCGAUUAAUUUUAAUCGACAGUCAAAUAAUAAUGGAUUUGAGUUACCUUAUUCACAAUGUGAAUCAGGCGUAUUUAAUUUUUAUCGAAUUCAUCAAGGUCGAAAAAGAAUCGUGUUUAAUGAUGAAUUAGAUGCUUCAACACUUUCUGCACUAACACCAAUGGUUGAUAAAAGUUCUUCAUCGACACCAUGGUCACCAUUUAUUGAUUGUAUAAUAAACUCUAAAAAUAAUAAUGCACCAGAUAUCAUAAAUAGUAUAUCAAAAAAUAUGAAAAAUAUGUUAAACACAUCAAUCACAACUUCAUCGUUACCCAUAUCAACAUCGUCUGCAUCUCUCGUUUCAAAUUCCCUAAUAGCAAACAAAACAUCAACAAGUUCAAUCACACCGAAAUCCAUACAUACCGCAUCAUCAUCAGGCACUCUCACAGAUCUUGUAAGAAAUGUAAUAAAUAAAGAUACAUUUUCUAUGAUACUCGAUCGUCAGACUAGACUAUAUUCAAGAAGUUUAACACAAAAAGAAUUAAAUCAUUUGGUUCCUCAAUCAAUGUGA